AACGAAAUACCUUCGAGCCUGGUUAGAUUUGGCCAGUUUCACUCAUCUGCCAUUUUGUCUCAGUAGCUUUAUCAGUUGAAGUCGUUCGCUGACGAAGGAACCAAAAUACAAGAUCCACUUGAUUCCACUUUAUUUUUGUCAUUUGACUCUUUCAUGAACGUGUGUAUGGGUUAGAUUUCCUUUGGUAAUGUGAUUCUCUUUGCAGCCGUUAAGCUUGUUUGUGUUGUAUUUGUCCAGUUUGACGACAGUAGGAGUUCGUCUUGUUUACACUCGGGUAGGAGCUAGCGCUGACGACGUUAGCUGUGUUUGUUGCCCCAAGGCUAAAGGUACCUCCUGGCGUUAGCCUCCUGAUGCUAAUUUAAACUGCGGUGAAAUGGCGGCCAACGCGGCUCAAACAACCACAACACCGAACUGGUCCUAUGGUCCAUCUGGAGAAGGCCAAGUCCAUGAAAAUCCUGAGUGGGAGAAAGCGAGACAAGCCCUGGCAUCUAUCAACAAGACUCAGAGUUCAGCUAAGAAUGCUCAAGAUAACCGGGCAGCAGCUGAAGCCUGUCAGUUCCAGCCGCCCGGAUCUGAUUCCACUGCAAUUCAACAGCAGCAGCAGCAGUACUAUUCAUGGUACCAGCAAACUCAGCAGAAUUAUCCUGGGUACACGUACCACUACAAUUACUACUACCCAAUGGGACCAUAUGGAGCUGGAUACCCACCAAAUCAGUAUGGUGUUCCUCAAGGGCCAUACACAGGAUCUCCAGCCUCUAAUGGACAGCCUCCUCCAGUGCCUGGAAUGGAGGACCAGUCCCCCAGCUACCCUCCACAACCACAGCCUCCCCCUCCUGCCACCCCCCAGCCACCCCAAAGCCCGACCACCUCAGAGAAACCUCCUCCGCCCCCACCGAUUCCUCAAUCUCCAAAUUCCCAGUAUCCUCCCCCCUCACAAAAUGCUUACAGUGCCAACAACACAAUGGGGUACCCCCCUAGUGACCCCAACCAAAUGCAAAUGUACAAUCAUUCCCAGUCUAGGCCAAACUACAGCCAGAGUUUCCAAACACAAAACACCUAUCAAUCCAGUCAGAAUAGCUCCCAGCAACAACAGCUGCAGAAUCAGUAUGGGCCAGGGUUAGGCAGAGGAGAGACCAACAAAAACCAAAAGCAAGGGCAGCAACUGUGGCAUCGCAUGAAACAGGCACCAGGGACAGCUCCUUUGAAGUUCAACAUUUCAAAGAGACCAUAUCAGGUUCAGUGUUCCUCAGGUUCCAAUCAGGGUUUUCAGCCUGGUGAACAGCCCACAGGUGUUAACUCAACCCCACCGUCUCCAGCUAAUGCCAGUGCUGCUUCCGGAGCAGCCCAGACAAGACCCCAAGAUUGGCCCCCAGCCAUGAAGGAAUAUGUGCAACGCUGUUUCACAGCAUGCGAGACAGAAGAUGACAAGGAUCGAACGGAGAAAGUACUAAAAGAAAUCCUGCAGGAGCGAUUAAAGGAUGGCUCCGCCUACACAAUUGAUUGGACUCGUGAGCCAUUACCAGACUUAAAAAUGAAGCUGUCACGAUGGGAGGCAGUUUUACCUCAGAGAACGUCAGACAGUGUUUUGAACCGCACUGGGAGUACAGCGGCUGCCGCCUCAAGAGGCAGGGGAGGUGGACACAGGUUAGGCCAUUACAGGAACAUUUUCUCUCAGAGGAGUCCAUCUUCAAGCUCGUCCCGGUCUUCCUCUCACUCGCCAUCUCCGUCACAUAACCGCCAUCGGGACCGAAGCAACCAAAGGCACAGACGGAGUGAUUCUGGAUCACAGUCGGAUAGCAGCAUCUCCAGUGACCUGCGACCUCAGCUGUCCAGGAGAAACCAGAAAGGAGGACGUGGUCGUGGCAACGAUAGAGAUAAAGGGCGAGGAGGUGGAGAGAGGGGACGAGGAAGAGGAGGGAAAGCAAACAGAGGAAGACGAAACAUUGAUGACUCAAACGCUGCCGGUGGGAAAAAGAGGAAAGGUGGCAAUGCUGGUUUGGAUUUCCACGACCCUGAUAGAGAAGCUAAGAAACAGAGCAGAGCGGCUCGUUUCCACAAGCAGCUUCGCUCCGAGCCGCUAGUUCUCUCCAUCAACACCCUGGAUCUACCUGAUGGAACACAGGAGGGCCUGAGCUGGGAGGACUGUCCCAUUGUGGGAUCAUGUCAGGACAUCACUAAAUCCUACCUCAGGCUCACCUGUGCUCCUGACCCCACCACUGUGCGCCCUGUGCAGGUGUUACGAAAAUCUUUACUGUCUGUGAAGGCGCACUGGAAAACCCAUCAGGACUAUGCUUAUGCAUGCGAGCAGAUGAAAUCCAUAAGGCAGGACCUGACGGUACAAGGUGUUCGCACUGAAUUCACAGUGGAAGUGUACGAGUGUCACGCACGCAUCGCUCUUGAAAAGGGAGACCAUGAGGAGUUCAACCAGUGCCAGACCCAGCUGAAGGCUCUUUACAAGGACAAUCCCUCAGAGAACAUCGGAGAAUUUACAGCUUAUAGAUUGUUAUAUUAUAUUUUUACUAAGAACUUUGGUGAUCUGACUACUGAGUUGGUAUACUUGACCCCAGCUCUGAGGGCAGAUGUCUGUGUGGCUUUUGCUCUUGCAUUACGUGCUGCGUGGGCUUUGGGGAACUAUAGACGAUUCUUUAAGCUCUACCUUGAAGCCCCACGCAUGGCGUCCUAUCUCAUUGACAAGUUUGUAGACAGAGAAAGAAAGAUCGCACUUUGGGCCAUUGUAAAAACAUUCAGACCUGACCUGCCAGUGCAGUAUGUGCAGACUGCUUUGGGCUUCACAUGUUUAGACUCCUGUCUAGCCUUUUUAAAUGGUCUAGGUGUCGCCUUCACCCCAUCUGACCCCCAAAAGAUAGACUGCAAAGCCAGCGCAGCCUCACUAGCUGCUUCCUGAGUGGGUGGGAGGGGCUUUAAGGAAGGGAGGAGCUACAGGACCAUUAUGUAGCCUUGCAAAACUAACAGACUCCACUUAAGUCACCUCAGCGAGCUCAUCUAGAGCGUAGACGAGUACCAUCAUUAACUACAGAAGAAUCUAGAUUCUGUCCGAGCUCGCAUACAGAUGUGAGAAAACGAGUCUGCACUUAGUGAAUUAGUUUUGACUUGAAGCCCAAAGUCAUCAAUACUGUCAGGAUAGAGAAGAAGAGGGGCAGUUUAGAUGCAGGAUCAUGUCGUUUCGAGUCACAGAGCAAAAUUAGUGACAAUCGCAUCCUCAUGGUUCAUCUUCCUGAAACCCCAUUAUAUUUCAGCGCUAACAGUGUUUUGUUAUCUUUUCUCCCUCCUCAAGUCAGCAGCUCAAGAUCCUGAAGAUUCAAGUCUUUUUCGUCUAAAGGGAAACUCAAAAAGCUCUCUGGAUAAUCUCCCAGAUAGUUUGCCUUCUGGAGUCGGGGCAGUUUGCUUUUACAGACUGAGAAGGUGCUGGCAGUUUGUGUAAAGAGGAUGUGGUGGUUUGUAUGUCCUGGCCUGCGUCUUGGUAUCUGCAGCAGCUCUUUUUCCUGUACUUUGUUGCCACGUGGCUCAUGGAAAUAUGGACUAAAGUCGUGUCUCAGUAAAGUAGUAUUAUUCCACUGGCGACACCAGCCACGGCUCGCUAAACCAAUUGACUUUAUGGCAAAGAAGGAGUUUCUUCAUCACAGCAAAAUCCUUAUUCCAUCAGGAGCUUCAGCUUCGCCAAACCCUGAGUUUUGCUUUCCUCUGCUUGGAGUCGAAGGAUCCUGCCUCUCCUGGAAUCCAGCAGGCCCCUGUUCAUCAGAAGAGGAGCGGCGAUGCCGACCUUUAAUCCAUUUUCCAUCUCAACAGCAGUGAAUGAUUAAAGCCGGCGGCUCUCAUUUAGGAGUCCAUGUGCAUCAGAGGAAACUCUGGCAGCUUCCAUCCAAAAGGAGCAAGCGGUUUGUAUGCCACAGCUGCCUGACAUCUCUGCAGGGCUGGUAAGCUAGAAGGACUAAGCAAGGGGAUGACAGCCUGACACAUGUCCCAAAUCUAAAAUAUGCACCCCCCCCCCCUUUUUUUUUUUUUUAUUUUGUUUCUUUUGUUUGUUUUUUUGGUGGUGCCAGUAUUGGCCUUGAACAAAAAGGUGUUGAAAAAUUUGGUAACAGCAGAGAGGGCUUUAGGGGAAAAAACUAUUGGACUGUUUUUGUAAAGAAAUAACUUACCAUAAAAAGCCUAAAUGCUCAGUAAAGUCACCAGUUUCCUGUUUCAAAAUAAAAGACCAAAAUUGACCUUUUUAAACAAAUGUACUCAUUGAAGUGUUUCAUUAGUCAACACAUAUUUUUAAUUAAAUAUACUUAUGCAAUUAAAGCAAAAAUAUAAUUGAAACCUUUUAUUUAAUUUUGAAACCAUAAUUUGUAUUUGGCUAAAAGUUUCUAGACUUCUUCCUAAAUGCUGGAUUUCCCUUCUAGUUUGAGUUUGAGGCAUUUAUUGAUUGCAAAAGUGUGUUCAGGCUUGUAGUAAUCUGUCAUCAAAUUAUAUAAUUACCAGUUUUGUGUUUUUUAUUAUUGCAUAUUAAAUAUAUAUAUUUUCCAAAAUUCGGUAAGUUUAGGGUGACUCACAUAUUUGAUCAUGUGAUGUGAACAGGUCUGUAUUGCAUAAGUUUGCCCUCUGUGUGGCUGCAAUGGAGAAAUGACCUAAAACUGUUAUCUAGACUGUAAAAAUCAGAACGCAGGAAGAUUCCUGACCUGAAUUUACUGCUAAAGGUAGACCUUUGUCACUUUUGGCCACCUUUGCCAGCUGCAUGUCAUCUUAUCGCCUAUGAUUAGUUUCAAUUGUUCAUAGCAGAUCAGUUCUACAGCAAAAUGUUCUGUACUGACGAUGUUCUCAACAUGUGUCCCCCCCCCCCCUCCCUUUCUUCAUUUUACCCUGUCCUUUGCUGCUACCUCCCUUCACCCCCCAAACCCCCAACCCCUCAAACCACCAAGCUUCUUGUUCUUCAGCUGGGAGCACUGCUGCAUCUCAGAAGCACACGAAGGAGAAAGUGGGCAGGCGGCAACCCGUGGGGGAAUCGGGAGCACGUCUGACCCGCUGGUGUGGAAGCAGCCGCUGAACAGAUGGGAGCCUCACAGAAUGAAAUUAGUGAGAAUGUGGAAUUUGCUUCUUGCGAUGAGCUGCUACCACAGAUGUUUGUGUGCAACCAGUACCAUCAAUGAUUGUUUACUGCUGGUGUCUGUUUGUCCAGGUGCAUUUACACACUCUUCUGAUGAAAGUUGGUCUUUGAUAAGGAUAUAUAUAUUUUUUAUUUUAUUUUUUUAGUUCUGAAUCAUCAAGUUAUGGUUGAUAGAUUUGCACGUUCCUUUUGUUGUGGUUGUUAAAGUAAGAGUUUUAUUUUUUGCAAGAUUCUGUAGAAAAUGUGUCUGGACAUGCAGAACAAAUAUUUUCAUCUUUUAAGAAAUGUUUGCCCUUUUGCUGAGAUAUGAAUUUCCAUUAGUGCUUUUGUAAGACUUAAGCAAUGUUCAAAUGGUGUACAUCUGAUUUUCCAGGACUGAUGCCCCCCAGUUUUUUGUUUUAGUUCAUUUUUGUCCCCCUCCCUAGUAGAGAAUUCACCUUUAGAUAACUAACAGGAUACAUUUCCAUUUGUUUUUCCUCUGGAUCCAGUAUUUUUUUUCUGUAAAAUUUUUAUUUUACUUUUUUUUUUCUGCUCCCAUGUUAUUCUACACUUUCACCCGUCCUUGUAAUUCCUCCUGUGACUCAACAGUGAAAGAUCUCCCAUCUCCCCUCCUUCACAUGUCUUCAUUUCCUCUGUGGAGGUAGUCUUUGUACGGAUUUGUCUUCUCCUUUUCUCUUUCCUCCUACUGCCACCUCCUGUUGCAUGUAGCUCCUCUUUUCUUCUAACCAGUUUUCAUUUUCUCCUUUUUUUUUUUUUUUUUUUUUAUUCAAUGUGUUUGCGUUGUGCAACAAGUCAGUCUGGCUAGUAAGUAUUGUAUUUACAUCCUGCAGUGUUUUCUGAGUUAAUCUUUCAGCUCACUAACACGCCUUCGAAGCUGAAGGUUCAUUUGCAGUGCUUCUUCCUUGCUUCCCACCCCCACUCUGAAAAUAAUCUGGCUUGGUAAACUGCCAUUGUGUUAAUAUUGUGUAGAUAUCUUUUGACAUAAUAAAAUUCAAAACUGAAUAGCAA